UAAUGUAAGAUUUUCAAUUUAAACAUAAUGUAUUCUGUUUUUAUACUGAAAUUUAUGUCAUAAAUUCUUUUCAGAGGGUUCCCUUGUCAAGGAUUUAGUUGAAAUGUUGUUAAAGAAAGAUUCAGAUAAAGGAUGUGCCUUGUUCCAUGAGAAGAAAAUUCCAGCUUUUUCAGCUGCUUUAACAAGUUCAAAAUCACUAUCAGCAAAGGAGAUCGUAAAGUUCAACAAAGUGUUGACAAACAUAAGAAAUGGCUACAAUCCCAGCACUGGCAUUUUCACUGUACCUAUUUCAGGUGUAUAUCAGUUUUCUUCAGUCGUUAUGAGUCAAAGUGGGAAAAAACUUGUUGCAACUCUUUAUCUCAAUGAUACCAGAGUAUCAAGUGUGUACAUAAAGUCUAUAGCUUACCAGACCGGGGCCCUCAGUAUGGUAUUGGAUGUAAAGAAAGGGGAUCAAUUAACGAUGAAGUCUGAUUCAAGUUAUAGUAUUUAUAGCGACAUCAUGAAUUACAGCACAUUUUCAGGACAUAUGAUUUCUCAAUAAACAAAUUU